AUGAAUCUAAUGAGAAUAUGUGAAGCUGAUGACUGCGGCAGAGGUAUAACCAUUGUGAGAGAUAGCCAAGCUGUUGUGGAGCUGGCAGCAGAUUCGGACAGUGAGGAGAUUAAGAAUUUGAGCGUCAUGGUGAAUGGACUGGAAGUGUUAGAUAAGAAUAACGUCCUUGCGGUUCGCCGGGAAGUCGCUGCGCUGCGGGCUAAAUUGGAGGAGUGUGAGAAGGCUCGAAACCAGACCGUCGAACAUCCCUACUUCCCACCUGGAAACUGUGGUCAUGGCCCGAUUACGAACAUCAGCCAACCGUACGUGAUCCAACUGAAUUGGAGAGGGUUUUCCUACAAAUACGGAGCCUGGGGAAGAUAUUCCUCCCCUCUUAGCCCUGGAAAAGAGAUGUAUUGGGUUGCACCUCUAAACCCAGAAGGAAGAUACCUGGAAUAUUAUCGACUCCAUGAUUCCUAUGACAACUUAUUGCUCUUCAAAUACUCCAAGGAAUACAUGUAUAGGUACGGUGAAGGCAGUGGAACAGCUGUGCAUAACAAUCACAUGUAUAUUAAUAUCUAUUCCUCAAGAGAUAUGGGCAGGAUAGAUUUGGCCACCAAUAAGUUGGUGUUGAGGAAGCCUCUCCCAAACGCCGUGUAUAACAAUCGGUUCUCCUACGCAGGGGUAGCUUGGCAAGACUUAGAUUUUGCCGUGGAUGAGAAUGGCUUGUGGGUGAUUUACUCCACCGAAGCGAGCCAAGGUAACAUUGUCAUUAGCAAGAUUAAUGAAACGACUCUGGAUGUGCUCAACACAUGGCAAACGACGCAAUAUAAGCCUGCGGUCUCUAAUGCAUUUAUUAUAUGUGGGGUGCUCUAUGCAACCAGGCCUCUCAACACGCGGAAAGAGGAGAUAUUUUACUCCUUUGAUAUCAACACUGGGAAAGAAGGGAGGCUGAGCAUUAUUGUCGAUAAAGUCCUGGAAACCAUUCAGAGCAUCAACUACAGCCCCAUAGAUAGGAGGCUGUACGUCUACAACGAUGGUUACCUGGUUCGCUACGGCUUAAAUUUUGAGCCCCUUCCCCCACAGUAAUUUUCCCAGGGAAAUUAGAAGCUCUCACUCUCCAAAUCCUGCAAAAUAUUGAGAAAUCCAAAGGCAAAGGGGAACAAAGAUUGGAUCCAUUGGCAAAUCGUCAUCACACAUAGCAAAAGGAGCGGUGCGGUGGCCUAGGGGUGGAGUUCUCACCUCACAACCAGGAGGCGGUGAGUUCAAUCCUAGGUAGAGGGAGAUAUUUCUCUCUCUCUCUG